CAGUCCUCUCUCUACCGUUCUAUGGUUUCUGCGAUUUUAUUAUUCCACCUUUUGUGAAGUUCGAUCACUUUACUUUUCUUGCUUCAAUAUCAGAAAGAUGCUUCCUGACUUUAUUACAGUACCAUCAACAAGUGAAAAAUGUCUUUCUCCGGAAUUGUUGCUACCAAAUAUGGAUGAGAACUUGGAAGAUUCAAAACCAAGCUCUUUAAAAUAUCAAAAGGCGAUGAUGAGCCGAGGAACAUGUCCAUCAAAUUGUAAAGUCUGUAGGCACUCAGCUACUGGAUAUCACUAUGAUGUUCCAUCUUGUAAUGGAUGCAAAACAUUUUUUCGACGAUCAAUUCUGGAUGGAAGAAAAUAUACAUGCCUGAAGAUGAGAAAAUGUUUGAGUGGAACUGAACCUGUUGACUUGUCUAGGCGCAUGUGUCGAGCAUGCCGAUUUGAGAAAUGUGUAGAAGCUGGAAUGAAUCCAUCUGCAAUACAAGCCGACAUGAAAACCACUGACGGUGAGCUGUUGAGAAAAGAAAUUAUGAUAAAGCAGAAGACAGCCGUUGAUUUUUUGAAUACUCCACAGGUUAUUAUGAGUUUUGAAGAUAAAGUGCAAGGAAUAAUUGGCAAGCUGACAGUAAUGGAAUUGAAGAUAGAACCAUUGUAUACAGGAGGAUUGCCUCCAGGCAAUAGAGAUAUCAGGAAAUUGGACGAGUUGAUUGAUGCUCCACUGAUUCUCAGCUAUGACGAAAUUCCAAAUUUAAAGUAUUGUCCGAGUGUAGACGAAUUGACCGGAGAAAUAAAGCCCAGUGGAGCUUGCUACAUACAUUGCGGCUACCUAGCUAGUAUAGAAUAUUCAAAAAUGUUUGACUUUGCUCAUAAAAUAGAUGUUGCUAGCAAAGCAACUCUGAUAAAACAUGCAACAAUUAUGUGCGCAGAUAUCAUGACAGCUUUCUUCUCUUACUAUCAACGUAAAUCCGAUCGACUGAUUCAUCCAAAUGGAAUGUUUGCAGGACCACCAAAAUACAGAUAUGGUGAAGCCGGUACAAAAUAUCAAGCUUCAAUGCAAAGAACUCUGGCAACAGUGCUCCGACAUGAACUUAAUCGAAUUGAAUAUAUGCUACUCAAAGCUAUUGUGCUUUGCAAUCCAGGAGUCCAUGAAAAUAAUAUCUUUUAAUAACACGAUUUGAUUUCCAGCAGUCUCUAGUCUUUCUAUUUCGGUACAACAAAUAAUUGGAAAAGAACGUGAAGAAUAUGUUCGAACUCUACUUACAUACUGUCUUCUCAAUUAUGGUUCUGUUCAUGGACCAUCAAGAUUUUCUGCCCUUCUUGCUAUUAUGUCAGUUCUUGAAAGUCAACAGAAGAAUGCAAAGGACUUUCAUUUAUUGGCUAAAGCGACAAUACUGAAAGAUGCAGUUAGAUACACACGAAUUAGCAAUCUUUACGAACAAAUCAUGGAGUCGUAAAGAUUAGAAAUUGUUGAAAUUAGGAUAUUUGGGUACUCGAAGUCUUUAUUUUUAUUACUUUCAAUUUAUGUUAUAUUUCUAUUUAUAUAUACAUUUGAGAAAUACAAAGAAAUCAGAGAAAAUCAUCAGAAUUGUUGCAUUGGUUCUAGCGGGUAUUGUAAAUAAAAUGU